UCCAUCCUACUCUCUUUUACUAACUUGAAACAUUCUGCAACAAUUUUUCUUCACCUCGCUGGUGGACGCAUUUGGCAACGGAUAUUACUUUAAUGUGAUACCUCAUGUAAUAUCAUAGUCCCCCAUUUUUAAACCUUGGGAUCUUGAGACCUGAACCAUAAGGGCAGUUUGUUUUACUGUAUGUUGGUAGUUAAGUGGGAUUUCACUUUGAAGAUGUAUCACUCCUCACUGCUGCUGUGCCUGAGUUUGGGAGCUUUCCUAAAAUGGGUUGCUGGAAGCGACUGGUGCUACACUGGCUGUGAAUACUCUCCAACCGACUGGGGAGACCUCGCUGGUUCUUUCUGCGGAGGCAAGCGGCAGUCUCCUGUUGACAUAGUCACCAGCCAUGUUCAGACGAACCCCGACCUGCUUAACUUUAACUUCACUAACUUCUCCUCUCAACACGUCAUCAAAACCAUCAAAAACGAUGGACAUACAGUGAAAUGCACGCUGAAGGAAAAUGAAGUUGAAGUGAGCGGAGGUGGACUCAAUGGAACAUAUUCUACAAUCCAGUUUCACUUUCACUGGGGUGACACACUCCAUCAUCCCGGUUCAGAGCACACCAUUGAUGGGCACAGAUAUCCAGUGGAGAUGCACAUUGUCAGUCUGAAAAAAGGUCUCACCGUAGAACAGGCCGUCGCGGAUUCAGAAGGGAUUGCUGUUCUUGGGUUUUUCAUAAAUGCAACAGAAGAUGGAGAUAUGUCUGGACCAUGGAACACACUCACGUCUUACCUGACCAAUGACACAGACACCGAGCUUACUGUAAACCAUGCCAUCUCUAUUGAUGACCUGAUUGGAACGGUCUCCCUCACAAAUUUCUAUCGGUACAUGGGCUCCCUCACCACACCCAGCUGCAACGAAGCGGUCGCAUGGACGGUCUUUCAUGAGCCAAUCAACAUCAACAAAAAUCUGAUUCAGCGGUUUCCUGCGAUUACAGGAAGCACAAACGUUUAUCGGCCCACACAAGCUCUCAAUGGACGCCAAGUGUUUGCCUCCAGUGCAACUCCUCCCCCUCCCAGUCAUCCAUGGUGCUAUGAAGAUCACUGUAUGUACAGUCCGACUAAAUGGCAACAGCUGUCUGACUCCCACUGUGGUGGAGAACACCAGUCACCCGUCAACAUUGAGACACAGAAAAUAGUGGUUGAUGAGCACCUCGAUACCUUCACCUACACAAUGUUUGAUGACAAACAUGCCAUCAAGUAUAUAACUAACACGGGUCACACAGUUAAGUGUGUACUGAAAGAAGAUAUGGUGGAGGUAUCGGGGGGUGGAUUGGGAUACGUCUACUCUGUCCUUCAGUUCCAUUUCCAUUGGGGCUCCACAUCAGUUGAGUCUAAAGGCUCAGAGCACACGGUCGACUCAAAACGAUACCCGAUGGAAAUGCAUAUAGUGACCAAGAGGAAGGAUUUAACUUUGGAUCAGGCAAUAGACACUCCCAAUGGCCUGGCAGUUCUGGGUUUCUUUAUUGAGGCUGCGGACACGACCAAAAGCAGCAGCAGCAGUUCAGGACCUCACGAGCCAAAUCCCACAUCGGGUCCAACGUCUGAUAUGAAAGCCUGGAUGACACUAUCCAACUCCUUCUCAGCCAUUAAAAACAUCAACUCAGAAGUUGAGAUCACAGAAGAGAUCUCCAUUGACGACCUACUCGGCAAAGUGAACCGAGCUUCAUACUACCGCUACAAUGGCUCCUUAACUACCCCUUUGUGCAAUGAAGCAGUGGUUUGGACCGUCUUUAAAGAGUCUGUGAAAGUGGACCAAAGCGUGAUGACACUGUUCCCGACUCAGACCGGAUAUCAAAACGUGUUUCGGCCUGCACAGUCUCUUCACGACAGGACAAUCUACGCCAGCUCAUCAGCAGCCAGUGGCCCUGGACCCAUCGGACUGUUUCUGCUGCUGGCAUGUCUCUGCACCUUCCUUUUUCAUUUGCAUCUGUGAAAAAUGUUAAACUAACUGGAACUGCUGUGAAGGAUAAUCAUAUAUUGCAGGAAUGAUCAGUUUGUAUUUGUCACAUUAUUACAGUAUUUGCAAGCAAAUGUUAGUUAUUUUUGACAUUGUGGUAUGCAGUUAUAUAAUUUUAUAAUCAAGAUGCUAACUAGAAGUUGACGAGAGAAGUUUCUUUAUUUUCUUUUUUUUUAACGCUAACGGGGCUUGUGUUUUGGCUCUUUCUCCCCCUUCAACCACAAUUGUAAAAAUCAUUAAAAAUGGCAAUAUAAUUUUUUCUCCAAAACUAGCACAGUGUAUAUACUGAACAAAAUGAACAAUUACAUUUCAGGUAAGUCAAGACUGUUGUCUAAUAUGUGUACCUGAUAACAAUAAGAGUAACUGUUGCAUUCGCUGAAGCUAAUGGGGAUCCUAAUAAACAAUAAACAUAUAAUCUAACCUUC